AUGUGGAUCACAGUUUUCCUGAUUCUCUUAUAUAUUCAAUGUGCUUUUCUUAAUAAUAAUAUAAUUAAAUUCAAUAGAUCAGACAGUGGUUUUGUCAAUGUCUAUAAAUGGAAUUCUACAAUGAAUACACAUAAUCCAGAGCCUGAAAAGGCGAUAGACAAUCUAGUCACUGGAGUGGAUUCUUUAUGUUUCCAUCCAUCAAAUGAAAUGCUUUGUCUUGCUUCAUCACAACGUCCAGACGCUAUUCGAUUGUAUCAUGUGAACGAAGGUCUUAUUUUUGAAAACUUCCCUGUUCGAGUUGGCGCUUUAAAGAAACCGACAUCGGUUGGAUUUAGUCCUGGCGGUCGAUUUAUGUGUGUUGGACAAUGUGAUGGUCGAGCAGCUCUUUAUGCAUUUAGUCAUUUCAAGGACUAUUGA